AUGGCUGUGAAGCGGCGCUCUGGCCUCGUGCUCGCUGCUCUGGCUGCUCUCAUGCUCUCAGGGCUGCCAUUGGCCUCCCUCGUUCAGCCUUGGCCCCUUCCGUCCGCAUCCCAUUCUCCUCAUUUCCUUCCCUCGCUCGACGUUGCCAUUCUCUUCCCCGUCUUUCACCCACCCUCUCACAGCCUGUACUCCCAGGGCUGCUGCCGCCCGCACGCCAGCUACGAGUGCCGCCCCAGACCGUAA